AUGUAUGGAAGUAACUGCGUUGCCGGACACUGGGUACAGUUUGACGGCAUCCCUCCGAUAAGCAGCAAGGUUGCCAUCCUCGUUUUUUCCGCAAUUGGACUAUGGUUGUGCAGCAUCAUUCUCACACGAACCCAUAAUCGAAUUAAGGACGCGGCUUUGUCACGCCGUUUGGGUUGCGAGCUUCCGCCUGAGCUGCCAAAACGCUGGCCGCUAGGAAUCGACAGAAUCAAAGAGUUAUGGGACUCAAAUGCUGAAGGGAGGCUUUUGUCGUUUCUUUGCUCCGUUGCUGAAGAUUACGAGCCCGGCAACAAUCUGUACCAGUAUCUGCUCUUUGGACCGCGUGCGUACCAUAUUUUGCACCCAAGCAAUGUUGAAGCACUGCUGUCAACAAACUUCAAAGAUUUCGGUUUUGGUUGUCGCCCAGCAGUCUUUGCACCUCUCCUCGGCAACGGCAUCUUCACUCAAGAGGGUGCAGCUUGGAAGCAUUCCAGAGAUUUGCUUCGAAAGCAAUUUGUUCGUACACAAUACCAGAACCUUCAUACGUCGCUCUCUGAGCACGUGGAUAAUCUCAUAGCCUCCAUUCCUAACAAAGGCGUGGUUGAUUUGCAGCCACUAUUCUUUAAACUCACAAUGGACGUGGCAACCAGCCUACUCUUUGGAAAAUCUAUAUAUAGCCUCCGAGCGGGCGUCGAUCAAGCAGCUGAGGAUAAGCAGUUUGCCGAGAGUUUUGACAUUGCACAGGAAGGUCUAGCUAAGCGCUUCCGCAUUGCACCAUUUCAUUUCUUAUACAGCCCGCCCAAGUUUCGCCGGGCUUGCAAGAACGUCCAUCGAUAUAUUGAGCAGUAUAUUGACCAAAUUAAAUGUGCCAAGGGAAGCAAACCAGAAGAAGCAAGUACUAGCACAUGGUUUAUCGAUCAGUUAGCUGCUGAAUCGUUGUCAAAGGAGGAUCUUCGAGACCAGCUGCUCAAUGUACUGCUUGCUGGACGCGACACGACUGCCUGCUGUUUAUCAUGGACGUUUCGGCUACUUGUCCGUCAUGAGUCAAGUCUCGUCCGUCUCAGGAAUGAGAUUGCGUCCGUGUUGGGAGACUCCAGCUCUCCAACGCGAGAUCAAAUCCAACAAAUGUCAUAUCUGUCAUGUGUUGUUAAAGAAAGUCUUAGACUUUAUCCCCCUGUUCCUCUGAAUAAUCGUGAGGCAAUUCGAACCACUAUUUUGCCAACAGGUGGCGGACCAAAUGGAGAUCGGCCAAUAAUGGUUCGAAAAGGAGAACUUGUAGUAUUCUCCCAGUACGUUAACUCACGGAGGAAGAACAUUUAUGGCGAUGAUGCCAAUCAAUUCCGCCACGAACGUUGGGAGACAGGCGAGCUGGCGAGUGUAGGUUGGGCGUAUUUUCCGUUCAACGGCGGCCCGAGACAGUGUCUUGGGCAGGACUUUGCGCUUAUGGAAGUGUGUUACACCGUAGUGAGGCUUUUGCAAGCGUAUUCUACUAUCAAGUUGCCUUUGGAUGAACCGAAUGAGCCUGUGGGAACAGAGAAGCAAACCCUGACACUAGUGUUGUCAAGUAGGAAUGGCUGCAAGGUUGAGGUUGAGAAGUAG